CGCCUUUCAAGUAAUGAAUUUAUACAAUCUUCAAGUUCAUCAACAACAUCUGUAAAACGUUCAAUAAAUGCUGCACAGGAUGCAUUAAUCGAAGCUUUAAAUUUAAUUGAAGGUGUACAAUUAAAUGUAUUGAAAAGAGAUCAAAUAUCUCGUUUAAUGAUUUGUAAAGGAAUUGUACUAAGUAAAUUGGACAAAAGAGAAGAAGCUGGUCGUGCAUUUUCUGCAGCAGCACAACUUGAUCAUGAUUUACUUGGAGGAACAUCUGUAUGGAAACAUUGGGGAGAUUUUUUGACAAGCAUUUUUAUGAGCAAUAUAAAUGAAAAUUCUGCACAAAUAACUGGAAUUCAAGCAAUUGCUUGUACUUUGGAACAUGCAAAAAUUUCUCCAUCACCUUUAAAAGCCCGUUUAUCAAUUGCAAAAUUUUUAUGGUUAAUUAAAAUUUUAACAUCAUUUGGAGGAUCUGAAAAAAUUUUGGUUUCAUUAAAUGAAUUGUUGGAAAAAUAUGUUGAUAAUGAAACAAUAAAUCCUUCAAAUUGGCUAUUUUGGCUUAAUGCUCUUUUAAUGGAAGCACAACAAAGACCUUCUCCAGCAAUUUUAAAUAUUUUAAAAUGUAUUGGUAAAGCUUUUCCUCAAAAAAUGUUUUAUGAUUUGAGAAUUGUGCUAGGUUCUAAAAAUGUUACAGAAUAUUUACAAAAAUACAGAUUAUCUCUUCAAAAUACCAAAAAUAAUGGCAAUAAUAAUCAUAAUGCUUCUCCAUCUACUAGUAGUUCAUCAAUAAAUAUUACAACAACAACGAUGGAAAAUACAGAAAAUCAACAACAACAACUUGCUUCAAUUUUAUUUUGUAUUUGUGAAAAUAAUUUUAUUGAAAUUGAUGCAUUAAAUAAAAUUAUGCUUGAUUUUGAAAAUUUUCCAAUUUCUCCGUUAGAAGAGUUGUUAAACGAAUUUAGACAAAUUCUCUCAUCUUGUCAUUUUGAACAAUUUACAAAAUUAGCUGAUCUUACUUCAACAAUAAUUGACUUUAAAACUUUACAAAAAUUAUGCUCUUGUAUUACAAAUUAUUUUAAUUUUGCUAGUGCUUUUACUGAACAAGAUGAAGAGAAAAAGAUUUGUAAAAUAUUACAAGACAAUUUUGUAUAUUUAAAAAAUUAUUAUCAAAAAGAUUACACUCAACAACACCAACAAAAACAAAUUUCACUUUUUAGUGUAGCUAGUGCUUUGCGUAAAUCUAUAUUAAAAAUAAGUGACUAUUUGAAAAAUAAUAUGGGAUCGAGACGUCUUAUUGAUCAUGCAAAAUAUUUGGCAAAAUUCAAAAGUUCAUUAGCAUUAAUUGAUGUUUUUAGUGCAGGUUUUGAUGUUGGUGGUUAUAGAGCUUCAACAACAACAACAACUUCAUCAAAUUGUAACGCACAAAUAGCUUCAUUUUUACCAAUAUUUGAUCAAUUUAUACAUAAUGAAUCAACAAUUUGUCGUGUUAUAAAACUUCGUUCUUUAAAUGGAAAAAUUUAUACUUUUCAAUUAGAAAAUGUUUGUGGAGGUUAUGAUUCUACAAAAAUACAUAUACUUCAAUUAUUUUGUUUAUUAAAUGUUGAAUUUUCAAAAUCUAGGCAUACAGCCCAACGUUUUAUUCAAUUUUGUAUUCCACAAAUUAUUCAUAUUGGUUCAAAUGUUCGUUUAAUUGAAUGUCCACAAAUUUCAAUAACUAAAAUGACAAAUUCAUCUUCUUCAGAUAAUUUUGUUAUUUUUGGUGAUAUUUUAAAUGAAAUGUUACAAGAAGAAAAAUCAUUAUUAACGUCUUCAAAUAUUGUUGAAUAUUAUUAUGGAAGAUUAGCUGAACAAAGAUAUUCGCAUAAAAAUCUUCAUGAAUUAUUUAAUAAUAUUUCUAAUGGUGGAGGAGGAACAGAUUUAUUAAUGGAUAGCAGCAGCAACAAUAAUCUCAUAAUUGUUAAGCGAGAUUUAUUAUCAAAAUGGAUGUAUUCAAGAUAUACAGAAGCAGAAUCAUUGUGGAAUGCGAGGAAAAAGUUAUCUAUCCAUUUUGCUUUAUUGGGACUUUGUGAAUAUGCAUUUUUCCUUUCAAGUAUGUCACCUGAUGGAUUAAUAUUAAACAUUUCUACAGCACAAUUAUUUUUUCUUGAUUAUAAAUUUGAUUUGACAAAAAAAGUUUGUGAUACUUUGGCUGGAAAAGUUAGAUUUAUUGAAUUGGAUGCAAAUAGACCUGUGCCUUUUCGAUUAACUUGCAACAUUUCACAUUUUUUGGAUGCUUCUAUUGACGGUCAUCUUGCUGGUGCUUUAAUAGCAAUUGCACGUUCAUUUAAUACAAAAACAUUGGAAAUUUGGCUUAGACCAAUCUUAUGGGAUGUUUUUUCUAAGGCUGCUGAAGAAGACCCAAAAAUGAAUAUUGUCAAUCCUGUUAAACGUGCAGUGGAUACAGUGCUUACUCGAAUUAAAGAUGAUUUAAUAAACAUUUAA